UUAGUUAGAAUUCUGAGGGCCUUGCUUUGUGCUGUAAAUGUGCAGUUCCUGAGUGACUGAGCAUGCAGCUGGAGGAGCCGGGCUGCAGGGAAGGAGAUGGAAGCUGGCAGCUGAAGGACUGGGCAACGUGAGACACACGGCGGUGCACUUUGGGGUAAAACAGUACCAUCCCUGUUCUCCUCAUAAAGCUGACUGCACGGACCUGAAAAUGUACAGAACAUCAGAAGGGCUUUCAUGUUAAACAGCUCUUAUUUGAAUUCAUACAAGUGAAUUCAGGGUGGCAUUCUUAUCAUUGUCACAUUUCAGUGCUCCCAAAUGCGUUCUGUAGUGAAGAGAGAUUCUGAAUGAAGCGGCUACUCCAAAGCAGCCACAAGUAAUUAGCACUUCUAUAUAACAUAUCUUCUGUUCUCUGGCACUCAGCUACUAUUCCUGGAGUGUACCUGGAGCACCGAGGGCAACGCACCCUUAAGGCAAAGCAGAUGAGAUUGCAAUAUCUGUCCCUGAGAACAGCGGCUGCCUGCCAGCUUCUGGAGCGCUGCGGGUCGUGCUGCUGACUUCAUCUGCAGGGAUGGCAAGUGCUCAUUCUGUCUUGUGACAAUGUACCCAGGAUAGAUGGCCUGACUGUCAAGUGUCACGCCAAAAAGAUGAUCCUUUGGACAUCAGCUGAGACAAACAGCUACGCGAGGCUCCAUAACACCGGCAGCAGUGAAACUCCCCACCCACACGGCCUCUCCUUGCCGUGUUGACGUGUUUUCCUGCCCUGCGGCGGAGGCCGCUGCCUCUUCGUUAGUGUUGUGCCCAGAAAAUAGAAGUGCAAGUGCUUUUUCAAGUUACCACAUUUCUGGGAAAGAAUGGCAAAGCUGAAAUAUACUUGACCAAAUGAAAUACCUGAUGCAAGUGGGAUCUAUUAUCAGAGUGAAGAAAAAGAAGCGGGCUGGUGUUUUAAUGAAUGUUUGUUGAAUGGGAAGCUCUGCAAAGCAAGAGGAGGAGUCCAGCCCUGGCCAGCGUUGCCCUGCUCAGAACACUGGAGCUGCUGCUGCCAUCCCCUGCCUGCUGCUCCCCGGGGAACCACGGCUCUGGGACAGGCUUCCUUGGCACCGUCUGAUCAGUUGUCUGGUACUUCAGCAGUAGCAGACAGGACAAUGGCUGCCAGCAAGGGCAAGAACCAGAGUUCCUUGGCACUCCAUAAAGUAAUCAUGGUUGGUAGUGGAGGUGUAGGCAAAUCUGCGCUCACGCUCCAGUUCAUGUAUGAUGAGUUUGUAGAAGACUAUGAACCUACCAAGGCUGACAGCUACAGAAAGAAAGUAGUUCUAGAUGGUGAAGAAGUUCAAAUAGACAUUCUGGACACAGCAGGACAAGAGGAUUAUGCAGCAAUCAGAGAUAACUAUUUCCGCAGUGGGGAAGGAUUUCUUCUAGUCUUCUCAAUAACAGAGCAUGAAUCCUUCACAGCUACAGCAGAAUUUCGGGAACAGAUCCUGCGUGUGAAGGCUGAAGAAGAUAAAAUACCUUUAUUGGUAGUAGGAAACAAAUCUGACUUGGAAGAGCGCCGACAAGUGCCUGUAGAAGAGGCUAGAAGUAAGGCAGAAGAGUGGGGUGUGCAGUAUGUAGAGACCUCUGCCAAAACUAGAGCAAAUGUAGAUAAGGUAUUCUUUGAUUUAAUGAGAGAAAUCAGAGCAAAGAAAAUGUCUGAAAACAAAGACAAGAAUGGCAAGAAAAGUGGAAAGAACAAGAAAAGCUUUAAAGAAAGAUGUUGCUUACUGUGAUGCUUGGGGACUCUGUAUAUCUAUCUACAAAUGGCAUGGAUAAGAUACCACUAAGGAUAUAGGGCUGGAUUCAUGAAAGGAAGUCUGUAUUGACUCCCUUAUCUUUUGCUUUGCAUAUCAUACCUUCAAAAUGUGAAAACAACUUUGAAACCAUUUCUGGUAUCCAACAAAACCUAUGCCUACUUAAACUGAAUUGUCUGUCUUCCCAGUGUCUUUAGAAACUAUUGAGGUUUCAGAACUACAAUCACUUUAUUUGGUUAUACAGAGUUCUUUCAUAUUAACUUCCUGGAUUAAUGUUUCAGAAUAUGUUUUUUGAACCUCUACUGGCCUUAACAAGCACAGCUGUUCAGGUUCAAACAGUUUUUCACUGUUGCCCUUAUUAAUGUUGCAAACUGCAGAAAAGCUAGGUGACAACUAGUCAGAGUUUGUCUCUGUCUUCUGUUAGUGGUUACUGAGUUGUUAGAUUGAAAUUUGCUGGUUUCCUUCUUACACUCCACUUAAAUAGCAACUGACACUUAAGUCAACUUGAAACAAACUUCCUUCCGUAUUCUGCUCAGUCAAUAUGGCAUUCAUGAAUCAAGCCUCAAUUUGGACUUAUUUAGGUAAUACAGAAAAUAUAUUUAAAUAUUGGCAUUCCCUGAUGUUCUGUCUUCUCAUCCCAUAACUCUAAUUUAAGGAUGAGAAGACGCCUAAGCAUUUCAUCAGAAGGAGUAGUUGCCACAGUCUCCUAGAAGUGCUAUCCUGAAUUUCUUCCAUGUAUUGUGGCUAUUACACUCAUUCUUCAUUGGUCAUUCAUCCCCUUCCUGGUACUGGAACAGUGAAAAUCAGUGUUCAUCAGUUUUGUUUAUAUUGGAGAAUGUGUAAUAUGUUGGAAAAAUGGGAACAUCUGCAUCCAUUUCCUGCUAAAAAUGAAAGCUGAGUAAGGAUGGUUCACAUCACAAUCAUGUCUUGGAAUAGGUGAGGUGUACAUGCUACCUCUCUGAUAAAUUGGCUAGUCAGUCGUGUUUGCAAAAAGUGAAUGAAGGUAAGCAGUUGCCAUGUCUGUUACUCACUGUUAAUUCUAUAUGUACUGCUUCUGAUGCAUAGCAACCUAGCACAUGGAGAUGCAUGUUGAGUUUUGCUGUCAGUUAUGGUGGUCAUGUUUUAAGCAACAAAAACCAGCCUAGAAAUGGAAGAGAAGUCAGUACUUAGCAGGUCUUGUCAGCUGACUGAACUGUUUUCUGAUGCAGUUUAAACUAAGUGCAGUUGCCAAAAAAAAAAAAACUUCUGUUGCUGUUGUAGAAUGUAACUGUCUCUUCUGUUUGUGGAGUCUCUCAAUGAAUUAUGGAUAUCUUCUAUUUCAAAGGAGUAGACAGACUUGAAGUAGUGACUGUACCUUGCUUUUUAACCAGAUGCUUAAAGCACUGUUGGUGAAAAGAUGAUGCUAUGUGGUUGUUCAGUGAAGCACACUGCAGCACUAAAUUAACAAAUAUUGUUUCUUGAGGUGAAGGAGUAGCAAAUACUGUUCAGUACUUAGUAUUGUAAUUUGAGGAUGAAAAACAUUUUUAACAUGUACUAGAUUGCUCUUGUGCAUUCCACCUCUGAAUUUUGGGGAGAAAAAAUGUUAGAUAUCAGAGCCUCUGUUGGUCUGAGGUUUUACAGGGAUUUAUCAUGCUCAUUGUCUUCCAUAACUAGUUUAACUUGUCAGGCAACUCAUUGGACUGGGGAAACUGUACUAAAUAAAAGGUGCUGUAAUCUUCAUUCAUGUCAA